UAGUUAGGAACUUUCCAUUAAAAAAAUAUAUAUUAAUUUCUUCUUUUUACACACCACUGUUAACCUUUUUGAGAGUGUGGGCUUUGCUGUUGUGUCCUCUACAAACAGCUCCCAUUUCGGAAAAACAGCCAGCACAAGCAACGCCCCAGAUGUCAUCCGGUGUUGUUGUUACUGUCGGAAUAUAUAGGUAUACGACGAAGGAGAUAUGUACUAGAUACUCUACACUUCUACACACAGCUAUACUCCAACCUAGGUACACUACUUCUCACUCAAAAAGGGUAAUCGGAGAUACAUUCAGGUAUCAUAUUUAAAUCAACAGUCUGCCUGUCACUUCUGUGUUCUGUCUCUGUGCCAGCCAGCCAGAGCUAGGCCAACCAUCAGAAGAGCUUCAUGUAUAGAACUGGAGAACUGACAAUCACUGUCUAAGUUUCUCAGUACUCGGAGCAACAGUACCAGCAUCACCCGCAGAUGGUUAACAUCGUUUUCGUGGCGCGUCGAUCUGAGUGAAAAAAAGAACAGAAGAAAAAGGUCCAUGGUCUAUGGUCCAUAUCGUACCGUAUACUUUACUAUACACUAGCUAGCCUUGUCAUCAUCAUCUACUGACUUCCUGUCAUGCAAAGUUGCCUUUUCUUCUUCCUUCACCCCAACUUAUAGUAUAGUUGAUGGAAAAGUGAAAAAGACAUACUACACCUACCAACCUAUCUAAACAAUAUUAUAUUUGUGUUUGUGUUUUUGUGUGUAUUUAAAAGUAAAAUAAGAAGAAGAAAAAAAACACAAAAUUAAUGUUCGUAUGUCUGGCUUUAGCAAAAGGACAAUGCAGACAAAACUACUGCCAAAUGAAAAUUCUCCAGAUGCCGGAGGGGGAAGUGGAGCAAUCGUCAGCGGAAACUACAACGAAGAAGAACCAGGACAAAUUGACCUGUAUGAAUUUCUGACUGAGUCUGAGCUGCAACACUACUAUAAUUCGUUCAAAAACGAACUUAAAAUAAAAAGCGCUUCCCAAUUUAAAUACGCAACCGAUGAGGACCUCAAACAAAUUGGACUAUCACGUCCAGAAAUACGUCGAUUACGCAAAUACUAUGAAAAAUACUAUCCACAUGGAUAUCUUAGUAAAAUCAAACGUCUCCUUCAAACACCCACCAUAGUGAAACGGGAUGAUGGCACUGUAACUUAUAAUACACCAUCGACUGACGGCAAUGGCGCCAAAUCGGGUACUUCGCCCAGUAAAGCACCAAACAAUAAACACAUUAUCCCGGCCGAUUCAAUUUGUGUGAAUAAGCAAUUGGGUACUGGGGAGUUUGGUAUUGUUCAACAAGGAGUCUGGACAAAUGGCACAGAAAGGAUUCAAGUGGCGAUAAAAUGUUUGUGCCGCGAACGAAUGCAAUCAAAUCCCAUGGAGUUCCUCAAAGAGGCUGCGAUUAUGCACUCAAUCGAACAUGAAAAUAUCGUUCGAUUGUAUGGCGUUGUACUUGCUACCGAUUCUUUGAUGUUGGUCACUGAGCUGGCACAUUUACGUUCGCUAUUGGAGUGCCUUAAGGAUUCAGGUUUGCGUGUUAGCUUUCUAACCAUACCAACACUAUGUGAAUUUGCUAUGCAAAUUUGCAAUGGAAUGAAAUAUUUGGAGAACAAACGACUUAUUCAUAGAGAUCUAGCUGCCAGGAAUAUUUUAGUUUUUAGUAAGAAUAAAGUGAAAAUCUCUGAUUUUGGUCUAUCUCGAGCGCUGGGCGUUGGCAAAGACUAUUACAAGACCAAUUUCAAUGUGAAUCUUAAACUUCCCAUUGCAUGGUGUGCUCCUGAAUGUAUCAAUUAUCUCCGUUUUACCAAUGCCUCGGAUGUCUGGGCUUAUGGAGUGUGCUUGUGGGAGAUGUUUUCUUAUGGUUUCCAACCCUGGGCUGCACUUACCGGACUUCAGAUACUUGAAGCUAUCGAUGAACCAAAUUAUCAACGUCUUGAGCCGCCAGACUGUUGUCCCCGAGACUACUAUCACUUAAUGAUGAAAUGCUGGCAACAUGAUCCAUCUAAAAGGCCUAGAUUUUCCGAAAUCCAUGAAAUGUUGCCUGAACUGAAACCCGAACAACUAAAGACUAUUGUCAAUUCUUUGGAGCCGAAAAAAGAUCAUUUAAUUUAUCGGCAAGGUGAAGUAAUUACUGUUCUUGAGAAAAAUACUAAUACGCCAUUUUGGAGGGGAGUCUUAAACUCAGGGAAAACGGGAUUGUUUAACCCAGCCAACACUAUUGCCUAUACAGAAACUCCUCCUAGCUCAAAUAGGGAAUCAUUCUAUCGCAACAAUGAACGAUGUAGCAAACGUAAAUUACGAACUGAAAUGAUUUCCAGACCACAAAACGAUUUUAAACAUACCGGACAUAUUGGUAUCGAUGGAGAAUCGUUUGGAGAUGUUGCAUUUCUUGGCAAUUCUCAAAGUUAUAAUCAUUUGCCACGCCAAGUAGUUACGCCAUACAAACCAUCUGAAGACAUUGAACAAACGCCUCUACUACUACCACCAACACCAACCAGCCCAGACUCUUUACAAACUGCCAGCGGUUAUUUUCCCGAAGAGAUACGCACAUCAUCGUCAACAAAUCCGACGUUUAUAAGUUCCAAUGAAAACACACCCAAUCAUCAUAACACGUUUGGCGCUCCAUCCUUUGAUUUCUCGUCGACAACGUCUGCUCACACCACAAUGUCGAAUGCCCAAAAAACAAUGUUUCAUUCAUCAACAAAUCCAUUUGCUUUAGAUUCAUCCACAUCAGCUACAGCUACAGGGAAUAAUCAUCAUGCUAGAGCAACAGCUUCAAGUAGUAACAGCAGUAGUAAUAGUACAUUUGCAUUACAAAACAAUAACUAUGGUCUAGAGGCGAAUGCUUUUACCAAUGCCAAUUUAGAAGAUGACUCUCUGCAGGCAUCAAGCGGUUCAAAUAUUGAAGAUCAACAUGAAUACCAUGAGAUAUCGGAUGAUGAAAUAACAGCAGACAAAGUCUUUGAUAUGGGUCCAUCGUUGUUGGAUGAAAUAAAUUCCAUGUUUGGAACAAUAACUGCAGCAGCAGCAACUGGCACAACAGACAGCUUAACAAUGUCCAAGUCUCCGGACUUUGAUCAUUCACAUAAACUUGCUGAAUUGUCUUCCAAAUUGAAUAGAAAGAAUAGUGGUGAUUCGAAUGGAAAUAAAUCUAAAAAGAAAUCUGGAACUGGAACAAUGAAACCUAUUUCGGUGAAAGAUGAAAAAAUUCUCAACCAUGCAAUUGAGAUUGCGAAUGAGAUUAGUGCGAGGUCAAUGACGGAUUUAGUUUCCGAUCAAACACCUAAUGUUCAGAGUCCCAAACGAAAGUUUAGCUUUCGUUUUCCUCAUUUGUCACAUCAUCAUGGUGCCAAUGAUAAACAUAAUGCUGGUCCAUCAACUGGACAUAAUGGUAAUGCUGGUCCAUUAUCAUCAUAUGCAAAGGAGAAAAAGAAUUUCACAGAGGAAUUGAAGAGCAUACCCGACUUACAGCGUUUUCGCCCUAGCGAUUUGGAACCCUUUCCCAUUUCAGACAUUCGAAUACCGAUUUUUGACAAAGAAGCUUCAGAUUUCUUCUUUGAAAAAUCUCGUGAAAUCCUUAGUCGUCCGAUUAACAUUGAUUUUCGUGAAGAUAUCGAAGUCAAUGAUAGCCGGACACCAAGAGAUGUUAUCGGUGAAAAUCUAUUAGACAUUGAAAACACUUUGAAAGCUCUGAAUUUGGAUUUUAUCCAAACAUACAGUGAGCUGGAUAAGAACGAUUCAGCCGAAACACUGUUGAAUGAAAAGUUCGCCAACAUUGUGUCAUCUCUGGAGGGUGAAAUAAGUAGUGCAAGUACUAUUGCUGGAAGCUUAAAAUCAUCUGGAGUGUAUGACUUUGGCGGUGGUGUUCAUACAAAAUUCGACUUCAACUCAGCCACCAGUCAUAUUGACAAACACUUGCAACACUACAAUGACAUCAUUGACAAGAUCGAAGACAAGCGUUCAAGCACUCCAGACACCGGAUUCGCCUCCAGAGAAACCAAUCUCUCGCUUUCACGGCGGAGUAGCCAAAAGAGCAGCUACUCCCCUCAAGAUAGCUACUUCAGUCCGAAGGAUAUUAGUUUCUCUGGGAGUUCGAUGGAAGCGCGUGGCUAUAUGAGUGUAAAAAACGAAUUGGCCACAAAUAAUUGCACAAAAAUCCAUCAGUCUUCAUCGCCAGUUAAGAAUGUCAAUGCUAGCAACACAUCCAUUUACUCACACUCUCAAAUGCAGAACUCUCCAUUAGGUGAUUAUUCGGGCAGUCGACAACGGUCCAUGUCGUUUAAUGAUAAUUAUAAUUUGAAAUCUCCCGUUCUAUCAGAGCCACAACACCGGACUGUGGGACAGCAAAGCUUUUCCCAUCGCAGUACCGGCUCCUUUCGCAGCAAUCCCGUCGGCGGUGCGGGCAACAAGGUAAUGCAAUAUAAACCGCGUAGCAUCAAAGCGCGCACCUUACGGCGUCUGAGCUAUAAUCCAAUUGUACUUGACUCUAGCUCUACAUCAAGCGAUGAGGAGAGCGACUUUGACCGAAGCAUUGCCCACUCUGAGUGCGAUAUACGCACACGUGUGUCAUCGAAGAGGCGGCGGCAAUAUCUAAAUAGGAAGGCGUUCUCCGCCAGCAAUGAUGAAUCGGCCCAAGACAAGCUUUAUGGGUCGAAUGCGAGCAUUAAAUCGGCUCCGCACUACAACAAUUAUGGCACAGAGCUGACCCAACGUCGAUAUCGUGGUGGAGGUGGUAAUGCCCAUCAUCAGCAGCAGCACUUUUCCCAUGAUGUUCAUCAUCAGCAGCAGCCAUCUCAGCAUGGAUAUGAUGAGAAGAUUUAUGAUUUUGGAGGACGUGGACCUGGCAACAAUUAUGCCAUCAACAUCAACCACGUCAUCAAGCCACCACGAGCAUUUGCCGUUAAUGGGUCAAGUUUUGCCACUAGCCGUAAUUCAAUGUUCCAUGAAUUUGAUGUCUCCAAACUGACUGGUAAGAGUCCAACUUCCACAACUUACUAUAAUGCGGGACAGGAAGGAAAGAAGGUGAUUGUGAAGCCUCAGAAGACUUCUCCGCCACCUCCUCAACAAUUACAACAGCAACAGCAGCAGCAACCACAACAGCCGCCGCCACCACCACCUCCAGCCGUUCUGCAGAAGCAAACUUCAAUGCCAUCAUCACAUCAAAGUCAUCAAGGGGGAGGCAACUUCCAUUGGCCAGAGAAAAUUCAUGCCUCAACAGUGAAGCAGAAUGAUAUACUGUGGCGACAACAACGUUCGCACAGCACAUUCAGCAGUCUCAAGGUGAAGCAGGCAUUUUCGAGUGAUAGUUCUUCAACAGAUACAGAGGAGUUUGAGUUUCGAAAGGACUUUUUGCCUCACAUUCCGCCCAGCCCGGCGCCAUAACUAAGAAAAAUGCUUAAAUAUUUAAUGAAUUUACUGUUUGGAAGCGUAAUGCCGCCAACGUCGUCGUCUUCAGCGUCGACGGCGUCGCCGGCUGUUAAACGAUCGUCGGCUCAAUCAAGUUUGAAAUAUUGAAUUGUUAAGGUUUAAGAGUUGAUAGUUGUUGUUGUGUAGUGAGUUUUUAAAUGCUUGGUAUAAGAAUAGAGAAAACAAAAAUAUAUAGACCGUUAUAUUUGAGGGGAAGGAACGAGGCAAAGGUUUUAAUGCUUCUGCGUAAAUUGAUUAAAUCUUUUAAGCAAAUUGCUUUAAUUUAUUUUCAAAAGCAUUUCCUCGUCCUGAUAACAUAAAAUUAUCAUCGCCCUGGCCUCUCCUAGUCAUUUUUUUUUGUAUCGAAUGUAAUUUUUUUAAUAUUGUCAGUGGUUUUUUAUUAAGAAAAAGAACUUUCUUGAGGUAGAUGCAUAAAAUCAGUUUGUAUACGAUAUCCCCGUCCAAAGAUAGGUUCAAUGAAUGUAUUAUUGUAAAAGUAGUUUUUUUUUUAAUUGUUUAAUUUUAAUUUUUUAAUGUUUAACUUUAAAGAGGUUUAAUCCGUAUACCAAAGUCUUAUGGGGUUCGCUUAAUUUAUCUAUGAGAAAUCGAAUUAUUAUCUAGAUGUUCUUGGUCAGAUUUCGAAUAAAUUUGGUUUAAGAUUAUUACUCCAGAUGUAUUGCAUCUGUUCUUCAUCAAGUAUGUAAUUUUAACUUUUCAAUUCACAUGGGACACUAAAAGCGUCACUCUCAUCUUCAAGUUACUUAAUUGUAAAGUCUAGUUCACUGCUGAUGUAAAACGAUGUCUGUUAAAGCGGUCAGGAAAAGUUGAAACAUUGAAAUAUAGAGUUAUAUCAGCCCUCGUAGCCUUGCAAAAAACAGCUUAGAGGUCACUUUUGUGUACACAGUUAAUAUCUCCAUCGGUCGAUAUCUCAUUUCAAUUUAACUGAUCGAAUUAUUGAACUUUUCAUUUCACAUCAGCUGGAAUAAAGCUUUAUUAAGAAUGUAUUUUAAUCUUUUUUAAGAAAUCUAAACGACUUUUAGGCAGCUUGCGGAAGAAAUGUGAUGCUUUUUGGAACCAAUUUAAAUUUAAUUAGAUAAUCCAAAGAGAAUAAACUCAUCUUUCUUCUAAUUUUCUUUCAAUGUACGAGUAAAAAGGUUUCUUGACUUUUUAUGAGAGUGUGUCUGUGUAUUAAAUUCAAAAAUGAAAAAUUUAAAUGUUUUGUUUCCAAAAUAGAUCAUUACUUUUACAUCAUAAUUUUUUGUCUCGAUUUA